AUGAAAGUAGCUGGGAGCCAUGCGGACACCCAAGGUGCCGCAACCGCAGCUUGUGCAGUGGUGGGUGCCUGGGUUGCGGCAUUGGGGCUGCUGUUCUACGGCAGCUGGAGGGCACUGCCGUCCGGGCCUGUUUCUCGAGCUGCGGCCGCGGCGGCGGCACGACAAGUGGGCCGCUGGCACCAGGUGGUUGCCUUGCUCACAUGGUGCGAAAUCGACAAGGACCGUCGUCUGGACAUCCCCGGAGCAAUGCUGGCUGCAAGCUGCCUCGAGGAGGUGCGAAGCCCAAGAACAGCGCUGCAGAGGCUUUUUGAGGAGGUCUCCAGCUCCGCUGUUCUGCUGCUGUCUGAGCGACGCGAGCUCUGA